AUGAACCAAGCCUUCUGGAAGACCUACGGGUCCAAGGUCCUGCAGACGUUGGGCGGCGACACAGACACGGAAGAGGUGCCCACUGAGGAGAAAGACGACCCAAGGAGGGAGGCUGUGGAGGCCCCAGAACUGGCAGAGGAGGCUGCCAAUGCCGUAUCCCAGCUGGCCCGCCGGGUGCAGGGGGCCGGAGUUAAGGGCUGGCGGACGAUGUCAUCGCUGUUCGGCAAAGAAGACGAGGACAAGCUGCUGCCCGCCGAGCCCUGCGCUGACCAGUAACCCCCCGAGGGGCCGGAGGAGAGGAGAGGGCCUGGUCUCUGGGACUCCUUCACCUUCCGCUGGCAGCAACAGCAGGCGGCGGAGGCGUCCAUCCUGAAGCCGGAGGGUCUGGCCCAGCCGGGAGCCGGGACCACCGAGGAGUCCGGGGACCCCGCAGACGGCGGGGAAACCGAGGAGCCUGGCUUUAAGUGGGGCUUUCUGACCAACAAACUUGCCGAGAUAAGGAGCAAGGCCUACCCCAAGGAGACCUAG